GCAGCUGGCGUUUCCAUGGGCGCCAUCCCCCCAGGUCCAUUUUGCUUCUUCCGUUCCGCUUUCAUCCUCCUCUUGGACUUGGCCUCUCUCGACCUGCUACUAAACACUCCGGAUUAGUCGUCGUUGUCUGCAGCGAGGAACAAAAGAUAGCCAUAAUAACAGCAGAGCACGACCAUUUUGGACUCCCAACAAGGACCAGCAGGGGCAGGGCAAUUAAUUAAACGAGCACUGACGCCAGCCAGCCAUGGCGUCCAAGGGGAUCCUUAAAAACAGCGGCUCCCGCCGCAUGCCGCCGCAGGGCGCCGGCAGCAGGCCGCCCACGGCGCCCACGUCGGCGCCCACGGUCGUCUUCGGGCGCCGGACCGACUCUGGGCGCUUCAUCAGCUACUCUCGCGACGACCUGGACUCGGAGAUCAGCAGCGUCGACUUCCAGGACUACCACGUCCACAUCCCCAUGACGCCCGACAACCAGCCCAUGGACGAGGACGACAGCGGCACAGCCAGGGCCGAGGACCAGCGCUACGUCUCCGGCUCGCUCUUCACCGGCGGCUUCAACACCGUCACCCGCGCGCAUGUCAUGGACAAGCCCGACGGCGACGCCGCCGGGCGCCGCGGCGGCGGCGGUGCCAAGGGACCCAGCGCGUGCAUGGUCGAGGGGUGCGACGCCAGGGCCAUGCGCGACGCCCGCGGCGAUGACGUCCUCCCCUGCGAGUGCGAUUUCAGGGUCUGCGUCGACUGCUUCACCGACGCCGUCAAGGCCGGCGCCGGCGUCUGCCCGGGGUGCAAGGAGCCUUACAAGAACACCGAGUGGGAGGGCCUUGGCGCCGGCGCGGCCGAGGAGGUCACGCGGGCGCUCUCGCUGCCCCGCGGGCCUGCGGGCGCCAACGGCCACAGGAUGGAGAGGCGCCUGUCGCUGGUCAAGCAGGCCAACGUCAACCAGUCCGGCGAGUUCGAUCAUAACCUCUGGCUCUUCCAGACCAAGGGCACCUAUGGCUAUGGCAACGCCAUCUGGCCCCAGGAUGAAGCAGACGACGACACCGACGGCGGUGCCCCGGCUGGGCAUCCCAAGGAGCUCUUAACCAAACCGUGGCGCCCGCUCACCCGCAAGCUCAGGAUUCCAGCAGCCGUCAUCAGUCCUUACAGGCUCCUCGUCCUCAUCCGCUUGGUCGCACUGGCCUUCUUCCUCAUGUGGCGCAUCAAGCACCAAAACGAGGACGCCAUCUGGCUCUGGGGAAUGUCCAUUGUCUGCGAGCUCUGGUUCGCCUUCUCAUGGGUACUGGACCAGCUCCCGAAGCUGUGCCCCAUCAACCGCGCGACAGACCUCUCUGUGCUCAAGGAGAAGUUUGAGACGCCCACGCCUAACAAUCCAACAGGCAAGUCGGAUCUCCCUGGAGUCGACAUCUUCGUGUCAACCGCUGAUCCAGAGAAGGAGCCGGUCCUGGUCACAGCGAACACAAUUCUCUCCAUCCUCGCGGCGGACUACCCCGUCGAGAAGCUUGCGUGCUACCUAUCGGACGAUGGAGGGGCGCUGCUCACCUUCGAGGCGAUGGCUGAAGCGGCGAGCUUCGCCAACCUCUGGGUGCCAUUCUGCAGGAAGCAUGACAUCGAACCCAGGAACCCGGACAGCUACUUCAACCUGAGGAGAGAUCCCUUCAAGAACAAGGUGAAGCCAGACUUCGUCAAGGACAGGAGGCGCGUCAAGCGUGAGUACGACGAGUUCAAGGUCCGUGUGAAUGGCUUGCCAGAUGCCAUCCGCCGCCGCUCCGACGCGUACCACGCCCGCGAAGAGAUCCAGGCCAUGAAUCUUCAGAGGGAAAAACUGAAGGGCGGCGGUGACGAGCCGCCGUUCGAACCGGUGAAGAUUCCCAAGGCGACAUGGAUGGCUGACGGCACUCACUGGCCCGGCACCUGGCUCCAACCUUCGCAGGAUCAUGCUCGAGGUGAUCACGCAGGAAUCAUACAGGUCAUGCUGAAACCACCAAGCGACAUGCCCACCACCAUGUACGACGCGGCUUCCAAGACACCUCUUGACUUGGCAGGAGUGGACACUCGGCUCCCAAUGCUGGUGUACAUGUCGAGGGAGAAGCGCCCAGGAUACGACCACAACAAGAAAGCAGGCGCGAUGAACGCACUGGUCCGCGCAUCGGCGAUCAUGUCCAACGGCCCGUUCAUCCUCAACCUGGACUGCGACCACUACAUCUACAACUCCAAGGCCUUGAGGGAGGGCAUGUGCUUCAUGAUGGACCGCGGCGGCGACCGCCUCUGCUACGUGCAGUUCCCGCAGAGGUUCGAAGGCAUCGACCCUUCCGAUCGCUAUGCCAACCACAACACGGUUUUCUUCGACGUCAACAUGCGCGCGCUCGAUGGUCUUCAAGGGCCGGUGUACGUUGGCACUGGGUGCCUCUUCCGUCGAAUCGCGCUCUAUGGCUUCGACCCACCCCGUUCCAAGGACCACAGCCCAGGGUUCUGUAGCUGCUGUCUCCCACGCCGCCGCAAGCCGUCAGCAGCUUCCCGCGAGGAGACCAUGGCUCUUCGCAUGGGCGGUUUUGAUGGAGACAGCAUGGACCUUGCGACGUUCCCAAAGAAGUUUGGGAACUCAAGCUUUCUCAUCGACUCCAUCCCGGUAGCAGAGUUCCAGGGCAGGCCCCUGGCUGACCACCCAUCUGUGAAGAACGGCCGCCCACCUGGCGCUCUCACAAUCCCUCGUGAAAUGCUGGAUGCGUCCAUUGUGGCAGAAGCGAUCAGUGUGGUCUCGUGCUGGUACGAGGAGAAGACGGAGUGGGGGAUAAGGGUGGGGUGGAUCUAUGGCUCCGUCACCGAGGAUGUCGUCACAGGGUACCGCAUGCACAACCGUGGAUGGAAGUCGGUGUACUGUGUCACGCAGCGUGAUGCCUUCCGCGGCACUGCUCCGAUCAACCUUACCGAUCGGCUUCACCAGGUGCUUCGAUGGGCCACUGGCUCGGUUGAGAUCUUCUUCUCCCGCAACAAUGCGUUGUUUGCCAGCUCCAAGAUGAAGGUGCUCCAAAGGAUCGCAUACCUUAAUGUUGGUAUCUAUCCCUUCACGUCCAUCUUCCUCAUUGUCUACUGCUUCCUUCCAGCACUCUCCCUCUUCUCAGGACAGUUCAUUGUGCAAACGCUCAACGUCACCUUCCUGACAUACCUACUCAUCAUCACCGUCACCCUUUGCCUCCUGGCCAUGCUGGAGAUCAAGUGGUCUGGCAUUGCUCUCGAGGAGUGGUGGCGGAACGAGCAGUUCUGGCUCAUCGGUGGAACCAGCGCCCACCUGGCUGCUGUGCUGCAGGGCCUUCUAAAAGUGGUUGCAGGGAUUGAGAUCUCAUUUACGCUCACUUCAAAACAAGUGGGUGAUGAUGUAGAGGAUGAAUUUGCGGAACUGUACAUAGUGAAAUGGACAUCGCUAAUGAUACCGCCGCUCACCAUCAUCAUGAUCAACCUUGUGGCCAUUGCUGUUGGCUUCAGCCGGACGAUCUACAGCACAAUCCCGCAAUGGAGCAAGCUGCUUGGGGGAGUGUUCUUCAGCUUCUGGGUGCUUGCUCAUCUGUAUCCAUUUGCCAAGGGGCUCAUGGGAAGGAGAGGAAGGACGCCCACUAUUGUGUAUGUCUGGUCUGGACUCGUCUCCAUCACCAUAUCACUGCUCUGGAUUGCAAUCAAGCCUCCAUCACAAGCUGCCAACUCACAAUUCGGUGGGUCAUUUUCUUUCCCUUGAUCCAGUAUCUUCAAACCAAUAUGUCUUACUGGAUGGAUCAGGAAGUUACAAGAGGCAACAAGAAAUUCAGGUUUUGCAGCAUAUCAAAAAAAAUGCCCUGUGGUUUAGACAACAGGUCACUGUGCAGCUCAGUUUCAUUACAAAGUGGAGGACAUAGGAUGUAUCUAUUCUAGCACCUUAAAAGGUGGAACCACUGUUUUGAUUCUUUCUUUAUUUGUUCUUUUAUUUCUUUAGAGUUCGCUCUCAUUUGAAUCAUAUGUGCCUUAAAAAAGGUGUAAUACGUUGUUAGCAUCUAAAAGGUUUUCUCAAGAGCUUAUUGUCGGCGUUUAGUACCGGCAAAGCA